GAGGGAAGGAGGCGGGGGGAUUUCCAAGCGCCGGCUGCUCGCCGCUUCCUCUCCUUGUUUUGCUUUCGAUCUGGCCCUCCUCGCCGCCCGGGCGGAGGAGGAGGAGGAGGGAGGCACUUUUAGUUUUGCUCCCGCGAUUAUUCAGCGCCUGUUUUCAUUUCCAGCCCGCGUCCCCUGGCAACCGGCGGUAACCUUGAGGGAUCGCACCGAGCCGCGCCGGGAAGGGACGGCGACGGCGACGGGGACGGCGACGGGGACGGGGGCGCUCCCCGCACAGCGCUGCGCUGCCGCCGGACACUUACUUAUCUCUGUGACUUGUUAAAGAUUGACCUUUUAAAACUCCGUUCUUCAAAGGCCUACCUACAAUGAUUGUGAUAUUGAGGAUGUAAGCCAUAAGAUUACACCGAAUGUACAGCAGUCUGUAGUACAAAGCAGACGUUUUAUCGUGUUGCAGCUUGGACACAGGCACCCAGGAGCAAAUCCACCUGCAUGUGACAUGUUGUUUCACCCAAGAUCAAAGGUGACAAGAAUAGCAGAGCAGAGAAGUUAAGAGUGAUGCAGUGAACACAGAUGUAAAGAACAAAGGAGAGAGGAAGGAGCUGAGCCUGGUGUAGUGGGGGAGAGAAGAAGAAGCCUAAAUAUGGAGGAACCGCAGUUCUGCCAGGAAAACAAGUAACGUUGUCCCUUGUUCGCUUCAGCUCCUUCCAGUGCAGGUAACAAUGCCUGUCGAAAGAAUGCGGAUGCGCCCAUGGCUGGAAGAACAAAUAAAUUCUAACACAAUACCGGGGCUGAAAUGGCUAAAUAAGGAGAAGAAGAUUUUUCAGAUUCCAUGGAUGCAUGCUGCAAGACAUGGGUGGGAUGUUGAAAAAGAUGCUCCCUUAUUUAGAAACUGGGCAAUUCACACAGGAAAAUACCAAUCGGGGGUAGAUAAACCUGAUCCAAAGACAUGGAAAGCAAACUUCCGAUGUGCUAUGAACUCUCUGCCUGAUAUAGAAGAAGUGAAGGACAGAAGUAUAAAGAAAGGAAACAAUGCCUUCAGGGUGUACCGGAUGCUGCCACUAUCUGAAAGACCUUCUAAAAAAGGAAAAAAAACAAAGUCCGAGAAGGACGACAAAUUCAAACAAAUUAAGCAAGAGCCAGUUGAAUCAUCUUUUGGGAUUAAUGGGCUAAAUGAUGUCACUUCUGACUAUUUCCUGUCCUCCAGUAUAAAAAAUGAAGUUGACAGUACAGUGAACAUUGUAGUUGUAGGACAGCCGCACCUUGAUGGCAGCAGCGAGGAGCAGGUGAUAGUUGCCAAUCCUCCAGAUGUUUGCCAGGUAGUAGAGGUGACAACAGAAAGUGAUGAACAGCCCCUCAGCAUGAGCCAGCUGUACCCCCUACAGAUCUCCCCUGUCUCAUCCUAUGCAGAAAGUGAAACGACUGACAGCGUUCCAAGCGAUGAAGAAAAUGCAGAGGGACGACUUCAUUGGCAGAAGAAGAACAUUGAAGGCAAACAGUAUCUCAGCAAUCUGGGAAUGAGGAACACUUCUCAUACGCUUCCCAGCAUGGCUACUUUUGUUGCCAACAAGCCUGACCUGCAGGUGACCAUCAAAGAAGAAAGCUGCCCACUGCCUUACAACAGCUCCUGGCCCCCCUUCCCAGACAUCCCCCUGCCACAAGUAGUGUCCACAGCCUCCACUAGCAGCAGCCGGCCAGACCGCGAGACACGGGCAAGCGUCAUCAAGAAAACGUCAGACAUCACCCAGUCGAGAGUCAAGAGCUGCUAAGCCGUUGACAGUGUGUUUUUUAGCUUUGUUUUGUUUGGUUUUGUAUUUUAUGUUUCUCUAGGAGAGGUUCAUCCCUUGACGCACAUUAGACAAAUCUAAGGUAAAGAAAGCCUUGGCAAUAUAAAACAUUGCUGUGUCCGACUCCAGUGCCGGAGUGUUUUUAACUCAGGACUCCAGCCGUCAGUAUGUACACCUGAACCCAGACGGACUUCCAAGGUUGCUAGGUAGGAAAAACCCAAGAACUUUGGCCCACUCGCAGGUUCCAGUGUUUCAUAUGAGGACCAACCGACCACAAGGGAAGUGGUGCUGCUGCGCUUCUUGCCGUCAAGGCUGUGAUGGAACUGAAAGCCUCAGAAUGGAAGAGAAAAUGUGAACUAGCUGGAAUAUUUUUAAAUAAAAAAAUCUAUUGUGAAUAUUGUACAUAGUGCAGUACUAGCAACAUUGCAGUCUGCUUCUGCACCUUAUUAAGAAAGCACUUAUGAAAGGCCUUUUAUUACCUUGCUCUACUUAAUGGCACAUUGAAGGUCCCUCCCCACCUGUAUUCUUUUCCAAGGCUAUUCUUGCUAAAGUGUCUUUAAAGAAUAGAGGAAAGGAAAGGAAGUUAAAACUUCCCAUGUGGAUUUCAUACAUUUUAAGACUGCUUUUCUCAUGUUUGUUUUCUAAUCUGCUAUGCUUGAAUGCCGCGUGGUACAAUAGGAAAAAAAAAAACUAUUACAGAGAUAUUAUGCAAAUUCCCAGAUUUAAAAAAGAAGAAGAAAAAUACUCUAAUUCUAACCAGAGCAAGCUUUUUUAUUUUUUAUACAGGGGAAUAUUUUAUUCAAAAUAAAAUUCUAAAGUGAAUAUAAUUUUUUUUAAUCUUUUCUACAGCAAAUUUAUAAUUUUAAGAAUCAGUCCUUGGUUAUCAGCAGUUAUUACAUCCUUGUGGCACAUUUUUUUUUUAAUUUUGUAAAGGUGAAAUAGCUUUUAUGAGCUCAUGUAGCAAUCAGAUUAUCCUGUGGAUUGAUAAUAAAUAUGGUAUAUAGUUAAAUUUUUAAUAA